AGUAGACACAACUAGGGUGGAGUAUAUAAUUCCCCUCAGAGAGAGUUUUUCUCUCCCCUUUAUCUGGGUACAGAUAGCAGCCACAACAUACUACUUCAGACAUAACUGUUCUCCAAAGAAAGAGAAGCUGUCUGUGGUGAUUAUCUUUCUCUCCACGCUGUGUUUCUCCCUCUGCUGGCAGUUUAACCAGUUUGUUCUGCUACUCCAGGCCUUCGCUUUAUUUGGAACCUGGGUCCUAGACAUGGUGCCUUCCAGAAAGACUCAGAUGCUGUUUAUUGCCCAGGGUUCCUCUUUACUACUCACGUGCUUCCUGCAGUUCUUCAACAAAAUGAUCCUAGGGUCUUUAGUCAUGAGUUUUAUUCCCUCUGCCCUUCUUCUUAUUCAACUCAAGGGAGAUGAGAUGAAGCCGUGCAGUGUUCCUAGUCGAAUCAUUAAAGUGUUUGGUUAUUCUAUAACAGUUCUGGUCUCCAUGAUAAUAUUACAGAAUUUAUUCAAGUUAAUACUUGGGAUUGAUGCAGAUGAUCAUAUCUACAAAUUCAUCAUGUCUAAAUUUAAUGUAGGUCAUGCAAGGGAUUUUGAUGCCCUCUUGUACCUAUGUAUUGAUGCCUUUGGAUUCCUUCAGUUUGACACAUUUGAGAGACUCACACAAGGAGUUGUCUUCCCUUUAUAUGUUGUCACACAUCUAGGAAUGUUAAUUAUUUUAUUUAUAGCAGUUCUGCAGAACUGGAGUAACCAUGUACAUGACACUAAUGUCAAAGAUCACACAAGUGCCAAAAAAACCCAUCUUCUGAGCUGUCGUCCAGAAUUAGCCUACCAUGCAGUAUUAGCGGUGUUCUUUGGGAUGCUGGGAAUGUCUACGCUACGUAUGAAGUACUUGUGGACUCCCUACAUGUGUAUCCUAGGGAGUGUGGGAAUCAGUGACUAUAAAGUCUGGAGGACACUACUGUCUCCCCUCAAAACACAGGGCAUUAUAGUUCAAAUAGUCAGGCACUUCAUGACUCUGUUGACUUUAACAAUUUUAUUGGCAAUAGCGCUUUCACCUCUAUUGAAAGAGUUAGAAGAAUUAAAAGAGUUUUGGGAUCCAGAUACUGUUGAACUUAUGGAGUGGAUCAAGUCCAAUGUGCCAAAAGGUGCCGCAUUUACUGGCAGUAUGCAGCUGUUAGCCGGGGUCAAGCUGUGUACAGGCCGACCAAUCACAAACCAUCCACAUUACGAGGACAAAUAUCUCAGAUUUAAAACCAAAGAGCUUUACCAGAUAUAUGGGAGAAGAACACCUAAAGAUGUCCAUGACAUUUUAAAGAAGUACAAAUCAAGUUAUAUCAUCUUAGAGGACAGUAUUUGUUUAGCACCUUCUAAGGGGUGUCGGACACCUGAUAUUGUAGAUAUUGAUAACGGAGUAAUCCCAGAUCAUGGUAAGGCAGAGCCAGGAUUAGUCAAAAGCAACAUUCCUAGAUUCUGUGAUGAAAUACGAUAUGAAUCUCCAGCAUAUACAAAAUACUUCAAACUUGUGUUCAGUAAUCGGACAUUCCGUGUUCACAAAGUAUUAUGAAAUCUAAAAUAUCAUAAUAAUAUUCAGCUAGUGACUGUUUAAUUACCUCUUUUUUACCAUCUCCCAAGUUUUUAUGCCCUUGUACUCGAUGAUUUAGGGGUAUAUAGUUUAUGGCCUGUCUGUCUGUCUGUCAGCAGAAACUUUUACCAUUGCCAUAAUUCUUUGGAUUUGUCAGUGUAGGGAGGUUCAUUUUUUACAUGUGUUUUCCUGACAAGACGCUUUUUGAUCUCUUAAUAUUGACCUUGAAGUUUGACAUUUCUUUGAAUAAAAUAUUCUUGCCCUCACUUUUGCUUUGGCUUUCUUAUAUAAUGUGUCUUCCUUGUGACAAGAUAUUUUUUGGGGUAGCAAUAUUUACAUGUUUAUGGCAGUGAGGCUCUUGAUCUUGAAAUUGACCUGCGGUACUUUUAAAAAAACAAAAGCUUUUGAAUGACUGGUGCUAGGGCUUUCGUAUUUCAUAUGCGUAUUCCUUAUGACAAGAACUUUCUUUUUUGAACCAAUUUUUCAACCUCUUCACUGUGACUCGAGAGUUUGACUGGCAUUUCAAAAUUUUGUAGCUUGGGAUUAACUGCCAUACGGGAGCAUCAGUGUUUUACAAACAGAUCAUGUUUUUCCUGAAUUUAGAUUGAUUUAUAUUUUUUGGUCCCAUGUAUGUUUUGAUAUGCUUAUUUCUGUGCUGUUGUUUUUUUUUUUUUAACUGUAUACAGUGUACAUCUUUUCUGACUUGCGUUAUGGUUUUUUUUUCUUUUUCAUAAAAUCAGUGGCUUUUUGUAAUGAAACUUGGUUUUUCUCAUCAUCAUUAGAGGUGUAACAAUACGGCAAUACAUCGAUCAUAUUGAUCACAAAGUAUCACGAUACGCAUAUAGUAUUGCCAUAUAUGUAUUGUGAUAAAGUUAAAGUUAAUUUUCAUUGUCUUAUUUGAAAAUCCUACAUGCAAACUAAGAAAUGUUAAUGUUUCAGACUGAUUGAGAACAAGGUAGCAACAAAAAAUAAUAUAAUGCUAAGACUAUAAGUAACUGGUUAGGGGUCUCAAGAUGUUUUUUUUAUAUUUUCUAUGAAUUUGGAGGUUAGCAAGCAAGAAUAUGAAAAAAGAUCAGUUAUUUUAAUUGUUUACAGCUGUAUCAUGAUACAUUUGUAUCACAUGUCCAUAUCGUGAUAUGUAUUGUAUUGUUAGGUAGCAUGUGAUACUCGGGCCUUAACUCACCAUAUACAUGAACAUGUAUUCUGAUUUCAUUGGAUAGGAAAAUUCAUAUCAUAUAACCUAAGUUUUCUACGUCACAGUGACAUGUCAAAAAUGUAUCAAUGUUCCAAUCCGCUUGACGUAUAACAUUUAAAAUGUUAUUACACAUAAUUAAAAAAAAAAUGAAAUAUGUAUAGGAAUGAAUUUAAUAGCUACUCAAGUGAUACAAAAACUAAAAAAGGAGCUGCACAGUGGCAUUGUAUUUAUAACAAAGAUUCUUAAAAGUCUCAUUAAAUUCAUUCAGUGGUAAAAGAGGAGUUGCAGAUAAGAGAUGGGUACCCCAAAGCAUAACAGACGGACAGACAUCCAGAUCACUAUAUACAUGUACCCUCCCGCUUUUCAAGUUGGGGGUAUAAUUACAUAGGAAGUAUUAAAUUCAUUCCUUGUAAAGAUCCAAAUAUCCGAAGAAUAUUGAAAUGAAAUUUUUAUCAAGUGUGGAGAAAUGGUGUGUAAAUAAUAGUAUAAUUUCUGCAUGUUUGGUAUGAAUGAAUGUAAACUUAGGCAUUAAAAAGGAAAAUUUAUAACAUCUAGUCAAACUAAAUGAAGUGAAAAAGCUUCAGAAAUUCUUGCCAUUUUUGUUUGCCAGCAUAAUUAAUUGUAUUAAUGCACUAUUAUAUGUAGAGUUGAACUGCUGUGUCUCAAACUUCAAUAAUUGAAUUCCAUUGAUAUAUCAAAGCAAGAUGGAAGUCCCAACCAUUUUUUCUUCAAUUUGUAUCUUAGCAUAGAUAUCUCAAAUUGUUUAUUUGAAAAAGGUCACAAAAAUUAGCAGGGUUUAGUUGAUCUGUUUUUGUAAAUUAAAUACUUUUUUGUUUUUUUCCCUUCUGUUUCAUUUAAAUGUACUAGUUAUAUUACAUUUGCAAAUAUGAUAGCUUACUUGAAUUUGUUAUUGUGAUUUUGGGGAUAUUGUUUGGUUUUUUCCUUUACUUUACGUGGUUUUAUUUUUCU